AUGGACAGGGCGGCGCUGUCCGCGGUGCUGAAACGCAUCAGGAUGACUCAGCCCAACAAACCACCUGCUGUACACGUAUCAGGAACACACACACACACUGAAUGUCUUUUCUUUGUAUCAGGUAAUGAUACGGGGACGUGUGUCGUUGAUCAGGGUGAUUCUGCAGACAGCAGCAUGAACUGCAGCUGGACCAGAGUAUCAGAACUGUGCACAGUUGUAGAGACUGUUGCUGCUGGAGGAAGUGAAGGUGACUCAGGUGAUGACAAAUCCUCCCCCGAGUUCUCCCAGGCCAAGUUCGACAUGUCCAGCUUCAUAGGUGGCAUCAUCCUCGUGCUGUGUUUGCAGGCAGGCGGCUUCUUUGCCAUGCGCUUCCUCAAAUCCAAAGAGCAGAGCAACUAUGACCCCAUAGAGCAGCCUCAGUGAGGACGAGACGUGGGAAGGACAAUCAGACCGGACGGAGGACAGCAG